AUGGCCGAUCCCCAAGCCCGUCUCCCCCUCACGCGCCAGUCGGUCCUCGACGCUCACGAACUCAUCAAGCCGCACAUCCACCAAACCCCGGUCCUGACCAAUCAAACGAUGGAUGCGAUGGCAAGCACACCGCAGAGCGUAGAGGCGCUCAGGGGAACGGUGUGGGAGGGUAUGGUGCCGGCAAAACCAAAGCUGAGGUUGUGGUUUAAGUGUGAGAAUUUGCAGAGGGUGGGGGCGUUUAAGAUUAGGGGGGCUUUUUGUGCGUUGCUUAGGUUGGGGGAGGAGAGGGAAGAGAGGGAGGGAAAGGGGAAGGAGAGGGAUGGGAAGAAUGAGAAGGGAGGUUGGAGGGAAAGGGGGGUGGUUACGCAUAGUAGUGGAAACCACGCACAAGCCCUGGCGCUCGCAGCGCGUGAACUGGGUAUCCCGGCCCAUAUCGUCAUGCCUACAAUCUCGACUCCCUUGAAGAUCGCAGCUACAAAAGGAUAUGGCGCACAUGUGAGAUUUAGCGGCUCGACAUCUACAGAGAGGGAAGCGAUGGUGGAAGAGGUUAUUAAGGAAACCGGGGCGAUAUUGGUGCCGCCGUAUGAUCAUCCGGAUAUUAUUGCGGGGCAGGGGACUAUGGGGUUGGAGAUGCAGGGGCAGGUUAGGAGGUUGUUGGGUGAGAGGGGGGGUGAGGGAAGUGAGUGGAAGGAGGGUAAGGAGGGAAAAGAGGGGAAGGGACUAGAUGCUAUUAUUACCCCCUGUGGGGGAGGAGGCAUGUUAUCUGGUGUAGCGCUUGCGUGCGAGGGUACGGGCAUCGAAGUCUUUGGCGCAGAACCCUCAUACCAGGACGCAGACGAUUGUCGACGGGGUAUCCUAGCAGGAAAAAGAAUCGAGAGUGUCAAGUCAUUGACGAUAGCAGAUGGACUACGUACGCCGGUAGGGAAAUUCCCGUGGGAAAUUAUUUAUGAGAGGGGGUUGGUGAAGGGCGUGUGGAGUGUGGGGGAGAGGGAAAUUCGGAAAGCGAUGAAGCUGGUGUUGGAGAGGAUGAAGGUCCUGGUGGAACCGAGUGCGUGUGUGGGGUUGGCGGUGGUGCUUUUUGAUGAGGGGUGGAGGGCCAUGGUGGAGAGGGAGGCGGGGGAGAGGGGCUGGGAUGUGGGUGUGGUUUUUAGUGGGGGGAAUGUCGGGGUUGAGGCGUUGGGGAGGUUGUUUGAGAAGGAGGGGGAGGGGGAUAGAGCGUAA